CAAAGCUAUCCAAACGCUAUUAAAUUCUGACCUAAGCAAUGAUUAUGCAAUAUGAAUUUCAGGUACGCUAUCAAUAUGAAAACCUUGGCAAUCUUUUCGCUGUGCGUGCUGGCUGUCAGCGCCGGCCUCAUCGACAUCGACAUUGACAUCCUGUCCGCUCCGACAAACGUGGAAGUGGACAGGCUUUACAACAGCAUCGUUACCGGAGACAUUGACAGGGCCGUUGCUCAAACUUUGGCGCUAGAGGGACUUUCAAGGGGAGCUAUCAUUGAAGAUGUCGUUGACAGGCUCAUCAGGGAAAAGAAGAGGAACACCUUCGAUUACGCUUAUAAACUCUGGAGCAGUGAUGGACAGGAUAUCGUCACACAACACUUCCCUAUUCAGUUCAGAUUGAUCUUGGCCGAGAACCAUGUCAAGCUCAUCAACAAGAGGGACAAUCUCGCCAUCAAACUCGGCGCUGCAGUGGAUCACGAAAAUGACAGAACCGCUUUCGGUGACGCCAACGACAAGACCACAGACAACGUCGGCUGGAGAUUUGUUCACUUGUGGGAUAACAAAAAGGUGUACUUCAAGAUCAUUAGCAUUGCCCGUAACCAAUUCUUGAAACUGGGCUCUGCUGCUGACGACGCUGGUGACCACACCGCUUAUGGGGACAACAAAGCCAACACCUUCAGACACCAGUGGUACCUGCAGCCCGCUUUUGUCGAAAAGGAAGUCGUGUUCAUCGUCUACAACCGCGAGUUCAACCAGGCUCUGAAGCUCGGCAGAGCAGUGGAUUCGGACGGAGACCGCAACGUAUACGGACACAAUGGAGACGUGUCCGGCUCCCCUGAACUCUUCGGUUUCACUGUCUCUCCUCUGUAGAAAGCACCAUUUAUU